CUGUGACUGUAUGGCCGGGGUUUCUGAAGUUUGUUCACAUGUUGCAGCCACACUGUUUUACAUGGGCCAAGCUGCGGCUACAUCGUGUACAUCAAAACCAAGUCUAUGGAACAGACCACUAAAAAGAAAACCCCAGAAACCGUAUGCGGAGGGCAGUGCCAUCAACUUCAAAAGACCAAAAAACCCACUGCUGGACAACAACACCCCACCAAAGCUUCCCAAAACAGCAGCAACAGGAACCUCCCUUAAACAGCCCACAGUAAGCCAGAAGGACACAUUUUACAAAAUGAUGCGGGACUCAGGCAUCAAGCCUGCCUUCCUUUCUAUUGUGAAAGGUUACACAGACCCAUACAUACCAUCAGUUGUUGCCCUUAAUCUGCCCUCACCACUCUGCCGGCUCUUCAGGACAGAAUACAUGCAGCUCAGUCACAAUGACCUCACAAAAAAGUGUGAGGAAGAGGCUAGCAGGCUUGCUUUCAGCACGGAACAGGUGGCAGCCCUGGAGAAAACCACAAGACUGCAGAGCAAGAGCAACACUUGGUUCGAGUAUCGGGCUGGCAGAAUCACUGCAUCAAACUUCAGGGCUGCUGUGAGCACAAAUCCUGUCAGUCCAUCAGUCUCCCUGAUAAAACGGAUCUGCUAUCCGGAAGCCUACAAGUUUAGCACUGCAGCAACAAGGUGGGGGUGUCAGCAUGAAAGCACUGCGAUCAACAGCUACAAAGAGAUGCAGGUGAAGGAUCAUGACAGUCUGAAGGUGGGAGAUUCUGGCUUUCACAUCCAUGCAGAGCACACCUUCCUUGGGGCCACACCUGAUGGGCUUGUCACCUGCAAGUGCUGUGGGGAAGGUAUCCUGGAAGUGAAGUGUCCAAUGUGCGUGAAGGACAAAACCUUCGAGUCUGAGGCAGACCAGCAGCACCGCCAGUUUUGCUUAGAGUUGAGAGGGCAAAGAUUACAGUUAAAGCACAGUCAUCCCUACUACUUCCAGGUACAGGCCCAGCUGGCAUGCACUGGUCGCAACUACUGUGACUUUGUGGUAUGGCGAGGUGCAGGGAAGACAACACAGCAGCUCCACAUAGAGCGCAUCUACCCUGACGUUGCCUUCUUUUCUACAUAUGUAGCAAAGGCAAAGACCCUGUUCAAUAAGAAUUGCCAAAGUAGCUCCGUGCAUGGCAAGGCACUCCUGUAUGUCGAAACCCCGGUCAGCAAGUACUUGAUCACCAGGAAGCAGCUUCUGUAG